CACCAUAGCGCCGGGUGACAUAUGCUGAGGUGUUAACACCGGACUGUAGUGCAGCCGUAAAAGGUGCGGCAGCUGCGGUGGUUCGGGACAGUGAAGAUGCGUAGUCUUACUUUGUUCGUUGCCGCUAUUUCGCUCAUAGGAGGGUGCGCGAGCAAAGAUAUUCCUCCUGACGCACUACAAGAUCCUCCUGCACCUCCAACGCCAGAUGCAUGCUCUCACUUCGGGAACAAGUUCUGCGGCACCAAAAAAUGUGAGGUGGUCCCUGAUAGAACGGACGCUUUCGUAUGCAGAUGUGAGCGAAAUGACAUGUAUUACGAUGCUGCAGAGGGAACGUGCUUAUUUAAAAGAACGUGUAAAACCACCGAGUGCACGUAUGGCACCUGCAUUGAACAUGGGCCUAACAAAGCUAGCUGUGGCUGCCCAAAGGUAGACUCUCUAUCGUUAAACUGCAAGAUUCGCGAUUGGUUCAUUGACGACUGCAAAAGAAAGGGUGGCACUGCUGUGCUGGAUAAGGAGUGGAGUUUUGGUGCGAAGUGUGCGUGCGGAGAAUGGGCGGCAGCGGACCGCAGCAAAGACAAGUGUGUUCCUACCACAUGCCUGCGUCCUGACUUGACCUGCAAGGAACUUUGCGAGAAAAACCUGCUUGAGAAGGAUAAUCGUUGCUGUCAGGGAUGGAACUCUGCAGACUGCUCAGCGGCUCCUCCAAAUGACACUUAUUGCUCACCUGGUAGCAUCAUGAGAGCAAACGGAAAAUGCCAAGAUGCUUGCACUGCAAGGGAAGAUAAGUUUGUCUGCUCCGAUGGAUGCAGGAGGAUUGAGAGCUCGGCCAGAGCAUACGAAUGCAGGUGCAAAAUUAACUACGUGGUCGCUGAAGAUGGCAUUACUUGCAAAGCUGUGCGGAUGGCACACGCCUGCAGUGAAGAGCAAAAGAAGACCUGCCUUCCUAGCCAGACAUGCCUCGUGGAUAAAGAUAAGAUAACCUGCGCAUGCCCGCGUAAUCACCAGCUAGUGAACGGCGAGUGCACAAGUCGAUGCACCGAAAAUAAGUGUCACGAGAACUUUACGGACUGUAACGUGUACAUGGAAAAGCAAAGCUGCUCCUGUCCAUGGACUACUAGGAAGCCGGACCGAAUUUUCAUCAGGGAGUGCACUCUGAAGGAGUAUUACUACACUGUUUCCUUCACGCCUAACAUCUCACUUGACGCUGACAACUGCAACUUGUACGAGGGCCGUGUUCUGGAAGCGAUCAAAACGAGUAUAGGAACAGAAGUUUUUAAGGUUGAGAUACUGAACUGCACGCAGAAAAUCAAGGCGAGACUUAUAUCAGCAAAACCACUUUCAAAGUACCUGCUGAAAAAGCUUCAAACAUGCGAGCAUCCCGAUGGUGACUUGUGCAUGCUGUAUCCGAAGUUACCAAUCAAGAAGGACACUGCAACAGAAAUCGAAGAAGAAAACCUGUGUGACAGUCUUCUCAAGGGUCAGGAGGAGGCCUACAACGGACAGAACGAGUGCGUUAAGUUCGAGGACUUUUUCUGGUUCAAGUGCGCGGCUGGAUUCCGAGAAGUGGACCGGGUCACACGAGGCCGCUUGCGGCGCUCCGUCUGCGAGCCUGGAGUAUCGUGCACCCAGGACGAAGAGUUGGAAUGUGCCAGUAAGGGACAAAUAUGCGUCUACGAAAACGAAGAACCUAAGUGCCAGUGCCCGCCGGGCAUGGUUACAGGGCAAGGCGGUUGCUCUGCUGCUGUAGUUCCAGAAUCGUGCAAUGACGAAGAAACUAAUAAAUGCAGAAGCAGUGGGCAGCGUUGUGUCAUGGAAAACCAAAAGGCUGUCUGUAAAGAAGCGUCAAAUACACCAGUAACAGAGGUGGUGGAUCCAGCUCCGUCUCAAUGCAACGAAGAAAUGCGAAAGAAGUGCACCAAGAAAGGCGCGGAGUGCGUCACGGUGGAUGGAAAGGCAAUCUGCAGAUGUCCUGAGGGAAAAGUUGAAACACCGCAAGGAUGUUCAGAUCCCGGACCAUCCAGUGCUGUCUCAGUCUCCUCUACGACGCUUUUGUUACUGGCCGCCAUGACUGUAGCUGCAGCUGCAGCUGCAUAGUUGUAAGGUUGAUUACCAGUUCAAGUACCGAGAAGUGUCAGAAAUACACAGAGGAAGCUGACAACAAAUACCAAAGUGCAUAUUCGAAAGUCUUAAAUUACACACAGUGUGUUUAUACCGCCCCCAUGGUUCAGUUGAUAAUAACACUGAAGCUCAGGUGCAGUUUCUCUUGUUUAAAAAGAUUAAAAACUCAAGCAUGUACUUGUGUUUUUACAUCUACCACUCUACCUGAAAUGUAAUUAGUUUUUACAAGAAAAAGUGACGUGAUGGAUGGAUGAAAUUCUUCCUGUUUACCUUCAAGUGUUUCAAAAAGGUGUAAACUUAGAAAUACAAAACAACUACAACACAACUGUACGAAAACUUUACUAAUGAACUGUAGCACCACGUGUACAAGUUCGUAGCAAGUUGGCAUCCCGAAUCUCAAAAGGCACCUAUCAUUCGACUUGAUUUUCAUUACUUGUCGUAUUCAACUACAUAACCUAAUGUCACAGGCAUCAAUUGUGUUGCUUACGUCAGUGGCACAAUAUUGAGUGGCAAGAUGUUAAAAGAAGUUAAAGAAACAGGUAAAGGGCAUAUGUGGGAGCAAGAUAAAUAUGAUACAGUCUAACCCAGUUGUGACGAACAGGCUUAUGCUCUAAAGAUACUUCGAUAUAUCAGGUAAUUUUGUUAUUUGCAAUGGGGGGGGGGGGGGGGGCGAGAAAUAGCAAUGACGAAGUUAUUUAUUUGAAACAAUAUGCGCGUAGUAGGCAGUAGCUUUUGUUUUUGCCUUCAACACUUUCGAAAUAUGUGAGGGAGAAUUGCGUUCUCAAUACGCGAGAUUCUGCAGAACCUGCUGCAGUCCAUUUCGCUGAAUGUCGGCUUCCAAUACACUUUUCAGAGCUUCUGGCACACUGCCUCGCAUUCGUACACAUGUGCUUGAGAUUAAAAGAGCGACAGAAACAAUAGCUCUAUUCAAUGCUGCCCCCAAUUUGAUGCAAGGAAUUCGGUGUAUGGAGUUCGUUAUGAGCAAUUCAUUUUACAUAAGUAUCGGUCAGUGUAUUUCACGCGUUCGAUAUAGAAAUCACUUCAUCCAGGUUCGCCUAUACAGGUUUGUUAUUUACUAGUAUUGUAUAGGUAUUGACGAAUAUAGGUACUUUUCACGGCGAAUGUAACUUUAGUGAGACCUGGCUAAUGUUAGGAACAUAGGAAAUUGGUCGCAUCACGUAUUUAUUAUGGAAAAAAAACUGCAGGCUAUGACCAUUGUAUGAUUCAGAUCAUUGGUGGCACCGGAAAAAAUAUUCAGCGAUUAGACAGACGCUACAAACAGUGUUAAGUGUUAUAUUUAUGUAUCGGAGAAAAACAAGCAUUGCGAAAAUGUGGACGUGAUGUUACGCCAAAUCACAUCUUCUUUGUGCACGUUUGUGUUUAUAGUAAGCUACUUAUACUAUGUUCUGGGCACGAUCGGAAGGAGUGCGCUUUGGCAGCUUUUGGGACUGUGCACUCAAUCGCUUGUCGAUAGCUUCAGAUUUGCGAUGUCUUUCAUGCAGUCAUUACGCCAUAUAUUGCGACGUAGAGUAUAAUACAAUGUGACAUCGAUUUAGAUGGUUCAUGUCUGUAUCUUUUAUAAGUGACGCACCAUUUCUUGCUCGCUAGUGCCAACAGUGGUGUUGCCUGCUAUGCAUUAAACGGAAACUUUAGGACGGAAGGAAGCUCCUAGUAGACAUUACUGUCUCUAGACUCCAAUGCGACUCAUCUUUCCUCUUAGAGAACACGCAGGAGUAUUGAUAAGUGCAGUGACCUAUGAAUGUCGCACAAGCCGAACCAGUUCUCACAGGGAAGAGAAUCCGUUCUUUAACGAGGGUAGGUAACGACGCCCUUCGAGGAACUCGUGCCGAAUAACUAACCAGACAGAGACUGACGCAGUGUUACAGUACUGUAGGAUAGACGCUUUCUGCGUCUGUGCAGAUAAAAAAUUCCAACAAUUCUUCUGCUGCUUUUCUUUCACAUUUGUAGCACUUUUGUUUGCUUCGCGCGUAGGGAUCUGUGUGCAGUGGGAAAAGCAAACGAAUUUCCCAUCACGUGCGGCUUUGUCACUCAUUUGCUUACCUUUUUAAUAAAACAAGUUUGCCACUGACCACGUUGUAAAUGAUAUUGUGUUAAUAUGUUAACAAUGCUAUAAUAAUGAGUUGCAUGUCAAACUAACAUGUCCGUACUCAAAUUAUCUGUGCGUUUUAGAGGCGAAAGAUGAAUGUUAUUCUGUCAUAAUGAUGCAAAGUGCAACAUUGAGGAAUUGGCACAGACAGUUUCCACUUCUUAUUUGCGAUAAUUGUUCAGUUCCUUCGUUGUAUAAAAGUGAACGCGUGCAAAAUAAACUAGAUAAUUGCAAAGAAUGUGUAUUGUUGGGCAAGAAGAAGGCGCCAUGUAGCUUUUGGAUAAGGUUAAUAAAAUAUGGCAGCUAAGCAUUGACCCAACUACAUGAAAGUCACGUUGCUGCCAUACUUGAUGAUGGCGACAAUUGUGUAGUAUCAUUAACAAUUCCUGCAUUUUUUUUCUUGGAAAUAAGCUUUUGAUGGGGGACGGGCGCAUGUAGAAACAACGAGAAGCCUGCGCGUGCGUUGUGUAUCAACCAUGGUCGCUGCGAUUAUUCGGAAUUGUAUUUAUAUUGAAUAUACAUGUGAAAAUAUGCUGUUGCAACACACCUGCUUUAUUUUCCCGUGUCAUUACGCAAAGAUCAUGUGUUCAAUAAAACUACCAGUGAAUAAAUUUUUCCAUAAUGUC